AUGUUCACUCAAACAGUCACAUUCCUCAACAUCAGUUCGACUGUUUGCGUGCCGAAUCGGGUAGUCCGGAGGAUCCUGGAUGCUAUUGUGAUGAUCAAGUCCUCCAUCUUCAAUUUUGCAGACCGUCAGCUCUUACGAAAGACGUACGCUGAUAAAGCCCAGUGCGAGUCUGCCUUCCGCAUGGCCCUAGUCUUUUCAGUUGGACUGCCUCGAAACAGCGGCGGUCGGUUCUUCCAUCGCGACGGCUUUAACCUCUCCUUACCGGAGCGAGCGGGCGAGUCAAUGGAGAAGAUGGAAUGUCAGAGGCCGGAGGUUCUCAGAAACUUGACUAGGGAGGUUCAACUCCACGGUGACAUUGUGCUGGGCGACUAUGAGGACACCUACUACAACCUCAGCCUUAAGCUAUUCCACACCUUCCAGUGGGCUGCCGGCCUCUGUUGGGAACACAUUGCACACCAGCAGUCCCGACCGCCCGUCUUCAUUCUCAUGGACGACGACUGUGCCUUCAAUGCAAGCCAUCUUAAGGCUGAAUUGGAUGGCCUAUCGGACGCAGAGAUUCGGCGCGUGACUUGGGGCAUACCAUUUGAUGAAGCCAGAGUGAUUCGUUCGCCUUUCGACAAGAAAAAUGGUAAGUGGGCGCUGUCAAAGCACGAAGUGCCUUGGCCGUUCCACGCGCAUUAUGCACCCAGCACCUUUCUUGUCUUUGGGGCCGAUGUGCUCCAGGAAAUCGCACUCGCUAUGCAUUUUACCCGGCAGUUUCCAGUGGACGAUGCCUGGCUUGGUUUAAUCAUGACCAAGCUGGAUCUCCACUUUGAACGUCGUGCACACAUGUAUCAGUUUUCACCAAAACAUGUUCCGAAGGAGUUGGUUCUAGCUGCUCCCUACAAAUACCUCUUUGGUUCGUAG